CGCUCAGAAUCCCGAAGAGACAGAUCAAGAGUUACAUCUGCAUCUUUUUUGAAGAAAACAUGGAAGCAAAGGCAAUGAAUCUAGGAAAUUCCUUGUUCGUUCCUUGUGUUCAAGAGCUGGCCAAAGAGUCCUUAGCAACAAUCCUGCCGAGAUACAUCCGGUCUGACCAACAACAACCGGUUGUUUCUGACACCGGCUUGGUGCUGGAAAUCCCUCUGACUAAUAUGCAGAGCUUGCUUUCUGAUGGAUCGAUGGAAGCUGAGACUGAGGAAGCAUUGGAACUUUACUCAUUGAAGUUGAAAAAUCUAGCCAUGGCCAUCUUCAAAAAGAUGGAAAAAGCUCUUGACAUGGAAACCAGGGAAAUGGAGGAGUUCUUUGGAAAGAACAAGGUUAUUGGCCUCACUCCUCAUUCUGAUUCUACAGUUCUCAUCAUCCGGCUUCAGGUAAAUGAAGUAGAAGGCAUCCAAAUAAAGAGAGAUGACACAUGGGUUCCUGUCAAGCCUCUCCCAAUCGCCUUCAUUAUAAACGUUGGAGAUAUCAUUGAGCAUCGUGCAAUAGUUAACUCUGAAAUAGAAAGACUCUCAAUUGCCACAUUCAACAAUGCAAAAUACGAUGGGGAAAUAGGGCCAGCAAGAAGCUUGAUAUCUAAAGAGAAACCACCAUUGUUCAAAAGAGUGUCAACUGAAGAAUACUUCAAAGGAAUGUUUGCUAGUAAGCUCAAUGAAAAAUCUUACCUUGAUACCCUCAGACUGUAACAUGGUUAAUUAGGACUCGCAUUGUAACAUCCCCUUUUUGAUAACCCUCCCUGUUUACCAAGGAAAUUGAAGUAUUGCUUAUUUAUGUGCCUGUUUUAAAACUAUAUUUUGCUUCCUUUCUCUUGCAUUAGUGCUGUUUUUUGUUUGUUAGUGCCUAAACCACACAGCAUGGUGGCACUAAUCUGAAGUUAUUUCCAUUAAGCCAUUGGCUUUAUACAUUGUGGUUAUUAACUUGUUGUAAGAUAUGCAGUAUAUCAUGUCAUACUCUUUUAACUUUUUCAUUUGGAAAUAUUAAUAGCAGUAUGCACGCGGAUAUAUAGUUAGUUAGUGAUAUACUCAGGCGGAGGUAGAUGUUGGGUCUAACUCUCUACUAUCAGCCUUAUCCUAUUUGGGUGUCUUAUGGGAAUUAACUUUGGUAUAUCACGUCAUUCUUUUACCUUUUCAUUUGAUAUAUCAUGUCAUUCUUUGAUAGGACUAUCCCGAUAUAUGGUUAGAGAUAUACUACCAGGCAGUUAAUGUUGGGGCUAACUCUCUACUGUCCUUAGCUUAAUAGUCUUACUCCUGGAUUCCAACAAAGCAUGUCUUUACUCCGUUUUCCUUGGUCCUUGUAACAUUCCUUUUUUGAUAACCCUCAGUUUAUCAAGUAGGGAAAUGUUAUGCCCAUUUAAAUUAAUCUUAAUGUCAUAUACAUAAAAGUAACUUAUACAAAGAAAUACAUGAGAGCAAUUGCUUUUCAAAUACUUUCUAAAAUAAUAAAAGCAAAAUCAUCGUUUUGGUAAUACAUUAAUUCGUCUUCACAUCGAAAACACUGAGGUCGAUAUACGAGAUUUACACCGAGAGCUCUCAAGCUGAGUGGCCAUUACUCCAGUCUACUAAUUUGAAUGGGGGGGGGGGAAUUUUUUGAGCUAAAAACUCAAUAAGUAGUAAGUUUAAGU